CAGUCGGCGGUGUUUGAAGGGAACACCGACGCGACCACUGGGAAGCAGCCGUUGUAGCUCACAGCCCCGCGAGGAAGAUGAGCACCAAACAGGUGACCUGCAGGUACUUCCUCCACGGCGUGUGCAGGGAGGGAAGCCGCUGCCUCUUCUCUCACGACCCCAACACCAGCAAACCCUCCACCAUCUGCAAGUUCUACCAGAGGGGAGUGUGUGCCUACGGAGAGCGCUGCAGGUAUGACCACAUCAAAUCUACACCCAGAGGAGGAGGGGGAAUGGGAGGUGGAGGAGGCGGAGCUCCAGAGGAUCACGCCGGUCUAGAAGGAGCUGGAGGCGGGGCUUCAGUCCGAGGUGGACUGAAGAAGCCGAUGGUCCUCAGAGAAAGAGUCCUGGGUGUAGACAGCAUGUUUGGGGGUCCACCAGACGGUCUGGGUCCAGGCGUCACGGCGGCGGCUGCGUCUCCUCACUCGUACGUCCAAGCCACCAGGACGGGCCUGGACCCUUCUGCCCAGCAACAAGCAGCCCCUCCCCCCCCGAUGGGCGGGGCUUACCAGGACCUCCCCCAGCUCUGCCCCUACGCCGCCGCCGGCCACUGCUUCUACGAGGACAACUGCACGUACCUGCACGGCGACGCGUGCGAGGUGUGCGGGCUCCACGUGCUCCACCCGCACGACCCCGAGCAGAGGAGAGCGCACGAGAAGAUGUGCAUGCUGGCCUUCGAGGCCGACAUGGAGAAGGCCUUCGCUGCCCAGCUGAGUCAAGACAAGGUGUGCUCCAUCUGCAUGGAGCUGGUGGUGCAGAAGCUGAACCCGUGCGACCGCCGGUUCGGCAUCCUGUCCUCCUGCUGCCACACCUUCUGCCUGACCUGCAUCCGGCAGUGGCGUUGCACCCGCAACUUCAGCAACAAGAUCAUCAAGUCGUGUCCAGAGUGCCGGGUGGUCUCAGAGUUCGUCAUCCCCUCUGUCUACUGGGUGGAGGACCAGGAGGAGAAGGACCACCUCAUAGACCUCUUCAAGUCUGGAGUCAGUAAGAAGUCCUGCAAGUACUUCGAUCAGGGCCGCGGCUCGUGUCCCUUCGGGGGGAAAUGUUUGUAUCUUCACGCGUUCCCCGACGGAACUCGAGCGGAACCGGACCGGCCGCGCAAACAGCUGAGCGCCGAGGGCAACGUCCGGUUCAUGAACAGCGUCCGGCUCUGGGACUUCAUCGAGGAGCGCGACCAGCGGCCGGCGGCAUCCCUCGAUGAUGACAUCACGGAGAUGAGGGAGCUCUUCAUGCAGAUGUCGGGGCCGAGCAAUGACGGGCCGGAGAGCCCCCCCCCCGCCCCAGACCAGUAGAGAGACCGGACCACGUCCCCCAGGUGGUCCGACACCUCUUCGACGCGGAGGCGGAGCCCCGUCUGUGGAUCUUUUUUUUGAAAUAUUAAAUCAUGUGCUCAUUUGCAGCUCUCUGUGUGUUUCAGUCUGGAAAACUAAAUCCCUCGUGUACACAAGUUGGGUAAUUGGUUAAUGAUCUGUUGUUACCAUUUUAUUUAUUGUGUAAAUAAGUAAAUACUCGGUGUGACGUCGUUUCGUGGUGUUUGAAGUUCAUCUUCCUCCAUUUCUAGUCAGCGAGGUUUGUUGCUGUUCAGAUAUCCAAUUAAGGAAAGUGAUUAAUGAGGUGCAGUGCUCUGAACGGACCAUUAGGGGUCCUCGGUCCCACAUUUUUCUUCAGGCAUCUGUGUUGAAUACUUGUCCUGCCUUUUUUUAAAUUAUGACGACUAUAUAACAAAAAUGUCCUCACGGUUAAAAAUAUAUAUUUUAAUCUUGGAUAAUGUAGAUUCAGAUUGUGACCAAUUCAGAUGUCUUAAAAAAAUGAAAAGAUUGACACACCGUGGUGCAACACACACACACACACACUAGAGGUCAUUAUGAAAAAUACAUACAAAAUGAAUAUGUGAAGAAAAAAAAUGUAAAUGAAUAAAAAUCAUUUCUUUUAUUAAAGUCA